UUUUCACAACUUUCUCAGAACCAAUAUCGUGAUUCAUCCUCUUAAACCCUAGAUAUUCUUCCUCAAUUUCUUUAAUAUUCCAUCUCCUUCCUAAACUCUAAUCGAUCACAAAUCUCACGAUUCACACAAGAACAAAAGGCGAGACAGAAGAGGAACGAAAUCAGAGGAUUGAAGCUUCUAUUGUUGGAGUUUGCUACGAAAUCUACGACAUUGAAGGUUUAAUCAUCCGAACUGCUAUCUAAUUGAGCUAUUGGCAAAGGAAGGAUAUCUUGUUGUGUUGGUUCCUUAUAAUGUGACAUUCAAUCAUGAAGAUGCAGCUAGGCAGGUUUAUGAGAGAUUUAAUGCCUGCUUGGAUAUCCUUCUCACCUGUGGACUUUCUGAUGCAAAAAUGUAUUGUAUUCCUAUUUGGCAAUAAUCUCAAUAUCUUAUGUCAUUUGUUCAAUAAGGUUGUUGGUGAGAUCAGAAGAGGUGUUUUUGAAGAAACUGGUUUGACAUGUAGUGCUGGUGUGGCUCCUAAUCGAUUACUGGCUAAGGUUUGGUCAGAUAUAAACAAGCCAAAUGGACAAUUUAUUUUGCCAAAUGAUCGAUUGGCUGUGAUGACAUUCAUAUCCUCCCUCCCGAUAAGAAAGAUUGGAGGCAUUGGCAAGGUUACCGAGCAUAUCCUAAGGAAUACUUUUGAAAUAAAUACAUGCAAGGAUUUGCUUGAGAAAGGCAGUUUUCUCUGUGCCUUGUUUUCUCCUUCAUCUGCAGGUCACUGAUUACCUUGUGGU